AUGUCGCUUCGUAACGCCAUGCUCUUCGAUAGAGCUCUCCUCCAAUACCCGAGAGAUCACUUCCCACUUCCCGGCCGAACACAUCCCGCCGUAGCUCGACACCAGCAGUGCCUUCUCCGUAUAUAUAACCUCCCACCUCCCACAAAACCCCCGACUCUCCCAAAUCUUCCAAUUUCCUCCCCCGUCUCCCAAUUUUCCAGGGGACAACUACGGACACCCGACAUUACUCUUCGUGACGCCGGGCUGGCCCCGACAAAUCAGGUGCACGUCGCGGGUCGAGUCGUCAAACUUGUCGGUGCAGGACCAGCAGUCGAUGUUGGAGUCGGAGACGCGGAUGGGGAACCCCUGGAUGUGGAUGGUGCGGUCGCCCUGGUCGCACGUGCAGGUGCCGUGCCACUCCGGGUUGAUGGCGCUGCAGAUGCCCAGCAGCUGCGGGCACUCGCAGUUGUCGAGCGGGUUGCCGUAGAUGGUCGUCACGCCGAGCCGGAUGUAGUGCUCGCCCAGUUGGCACUCGCCGCGGCCGCAGUUGACGUCCUCGGUCACGGUCAGGCAACCGAUCCCGUCGAAGGCGGUGGUUAG